CUCAUUUUAACAUACUCUGCCGUUCAUUGUUUCCAUCGAAAGCCACGCAAGUAUUUUAACCAGCGAGCAACCCCAGUGAGAGCUACCAACGUUAAUCAGUGUGCUUAUUCCGAGAGCAAUCUUACUCUAACGCUCUCCCCCAUCUCUGAUAGCCGUCAGCUUUUAUUCAACCCUGGACCAUCUUUCUUUUUAUGCCAUACGUCUCGCCACACCGAGAAAACCUUCCGAUGAAUCUGGACCCACACAUUUCCCUGCCGAUAACGGCGCUCUCGUCGCCCACUCUGCAGUCGCUCGAACAGCAUCAGCCGAUUCCCCAGCACCAGCUGCCGCCAUCACUCGAAUUGCAGCACCAACAGCAGAUCAACCAGCAACAGCGGCAGCAACAGCUCCAGCUUGAGCAGCAACAGCUUCAGUAUGCGCGCGGGGUUGACGAGUCGCAAGGCUUGCUCCAUAAGUCGACCACAUCCAAGGGGAAAUACUCGCUCAAAGACUUUCAGAUCUUACGAACCCUCGGCACGGGCUCGUUCGGCCGUGUGCAUUUGGUGCGCUCGGUGCACAACGGGCGUUUUUAUGCGAUGAAGGCGUUGCGCAAGUCGCAGGUCGUGAAGAUGAAGCAGGUGGAGCACACCAACGACGAGCGCAAAAUGUUGAAGCUCGUGGACCUGGCGUUUGUGAUUCGCAUGUGGGGCACGUUCCAGGACUGCAAGACAGUUUUCAUGAUCAUGGACUACAUUGAAGGUGGUGAGCUCUUUUCUUUGUUGCGCAAGUCGUCCAAGUUCCCCAACCCCGUGGCCAAGUUCUACGCAGCCGAGGUGUGUCUAGCGUUGGAAUACUUGCACAACCACAACAUCAUUUACCGAGACUUGAAGCCGGAGAAUAUUUUGCUCGAUAAGAAUGGACAUAUCAAGUUGACCGACUUUGGGUUCGCCAAAGAGGUUCCCGACGUCACCUACACCUUGUGUGGGACCCCAGACUACAUCGCACCGGAGGUCGUAGCGACCAAGCCCUACAACAAGUCUGUGGACUGGUGGUCAUUUGGAAUCUUGAUCUUCGAGAUGCUCACUGGCUUUACUCCGUUCUUCGACUCCAACCCCAUGAAGACGUACGAAAACAUCCUCCAGGCCCAGGUCACGUACCCUGACUAUCUCGGGUCAGACGUCGUCGAUUUGCUCCAGAAGUUGAUUACCAAAGACUUGUCCAACCGGCUCGGCAACUUGCAGAACGGCACGGACGAUGUCAAGCAACACGAAUGGUUUGACGAGGUCAUCUGGGACCGGUUGCAUAACCGUGAUAUUGAAACUCCCUACGAGCCUCCCAUCCAGAGUGGCUGUGGCGACACGAGUCAGUUUGACCGGUACCCCGAGGCUGAGCUCGAUUACGGCAUUGAAGGUGUCGAUGACCCCUACGACAACUUGUUUGAGGAGUUCUAGUCUCCAUUUUGCAUUUGAAGGAUCUGUCUUCAUCUUUUUUCCAUUUGUUAAUUUGCAUUCCGUGGAGGUGUCAUCGUCUAUCCCCUCUUUCCACCUCCCUUUCCACGCCUGUACUAUUCCUUUACGUUUUCCCCUGUAUACCCACGAUUUUUUUUUCUUAUUUGCCAGCUUCCUUUUUUGAUUUCUUAUCUUUGUUUCUCUGUUUUAUGUAUUAAUUCCCUGCAUUUCGUUACAUCCCUCGGGAGUGCGCUGCCUAAUAUAACC